AUGCCUUCCUCCCUGUACGCCCUCGCGGCAUGCUCUCUCCUUGCCUCGGCCAGUGGUCAUGUGGUAUUACUCAAUGCGCAGGGACUCCCGAAUUCCUCGGCGAGCGUAGGGUUUGGAGUUGAUCCCGCCAUCGCCCGGAACUGUAUUACCAUAAACCCGUGUCAGCAGGACACGACCAUCAUCCGCGACGCCGAAAUCACGGCCAACAUCGUCAACCAGUGCGGCCGAACAGAGUUGACGGGAAACAUCGAUGUCGGGGAGAACACGGAGAACGCGCUCGCCGCGAACCAGGUGACCCAGGUUCAGGCUGGUAGCGAGAUCACCUUGACCAUGCAUCAGGUCAACGCCGACGGCGCCGGCCCAUUCUUCUGUGAUAUUGACCAGACGGGCAACACAGGUCUGAACCUUCAGAAUCUAACCGUGACGAACAAUGUUGAGGGGACAAACGGCCUAUCCCAGGCCAAGACGAAAGAGUCCAACAUUACGAUACAAAUGCCCAAUGACUUGGCUUGCAUCGGGGCCUCGACCGGCAACGUAUGUACCGUCCGUUGUCGAAACAAUGCCGUGGCGGGACCGUUCGGGGGUUGCUUCGCCGUCCAGCAAGUGGAUACGCAGGCAAAGGCCAACACGCCCGGCAACAUUCAAACGGGAGACAACCUGGAGCCAAUCUUGAACCAGGUGCAGAGGAACCAGGCGGAUUUCAAGGCGUCGGUAGAUGCCAACGAGAGGGCGAGCACCGACGAAGCCCAGCAGAACCUUGCCGGUGUUAAUGCAAUCCUGAGCAACACGGUAGUGAGUGCCCUCUUCCCGCAGGAGACGCCAAGCGUUGACUUGGGGGGCAAUGCCGCACAGCAAAACCAGGCGGCCAACAACCAGAAUGGCGGCCAGAGAAACCAAAACGGGAACGGAGGCAACAGGGGCCAGGGCAACAAUCAAAACGGAGGCAACCAAGGUAACAACCAGAACGGACGCGGCCGAGGCAACAACCAGAACGGACGCGGUCAAGGCAACAACCGAAACGGAGCCAACAACGGAGCCAACCAAGCCAAUAACCAAAACGGAGGUGGAAAGGGAAACAACCAGAACGGAGGUGGUCAAGGAAACAACCGAAAUGGAGGGGUCCAGGGCAAUAACCAGAACGGAGGUGGUCAAUUGGCCAGGGAACCAACCAAAACGGUCAAGUUGCAAGCCAAGCUGGUCAAGUCAACGGUCAGGCUGGUGGCCGAGGGGGGAAGCAGGGCGGUCAAGCCGGUGCCCAAAAUGGACGUCAGGGAGGAAACCAAGGGGGAAACCAAGGGGGAAAUCAAGGUGGCCGUAGCGGUCAGGGCAACGGCCAAAACGGCGUCCGGGGUGGAAGUCAGGGGACUCCGAGCAAUAGGGUCAACAGCCAAGGUGCAGGUCAAAGCCAAGGUAGCCAGGCUGGUGGCAAAAGCUCUCAGGAUAAUGGAAAGCAAGUUGCGGGCGGACAAGGAGGAGCCAAUGGAAACUCGCUGGCGAGGAGGGUGA